UAGUUAUUUGUGCUUAUUUUCCCGUCAUAUACUUCUUAAGCCCUGUUAUAUUUGUGACAUGCCUAAGUGGUGGUGUUGAUGACAAUACAUGUUGUGUUCCCGUUUAUUAUUUCUUAUAUGUUUAAUUUUAAAUAUAUUAGAGGGUGCACACGUACGCCUUGCUCUCAUACCCUCUAGUAAGUGAAAGUUACGAUUAUUUUGGAUAAAAAACAAUCUUCUCGCUCUUCCUCUUCCUCCUUAUCCUACUGGACGUUGGCUCCAUAAGCAAAUUUCUCCACCUCAUUUUGUCAUUGGCCAUGCUUUCUGGAAAGAAUCGCAGUAUCUUAUGAUGCACUUCUCCCAUCGAACACGAGGUCUUCCCGCUUAUUUCUCCACCAAACUUUUUCUAUCAACUUCUUUCUAGCGAUUCUCUCAUUUCCCAUUUUGGCUACAUGUCCAAACCAUGAUAAUCUCUGUUUGACAAUACUAGUUUCAAUCUGUUUUUAAUCUGUAAGGCUGUGUUUAUCUGUCGUAAGACCUCAGUAUUCCGGAUCUUGCUAGCCAUGAUAAGUUACAGCGCAUCUCAAAUGCCUCAAUUUGCCUUUAUCCUCUGCUUUUAUUGUCCAAGUUUCUGCACCAUAAAUAAGGACUGGAAACACUAAAGUAUGGAGCAGCUGUACUUUUGUUUUUCUAGUGAUAUUUUUGUCACUCCAUAUUUUUUUGUACUUUUUCGAGUGCUACUGAUGUCAGACUAUAAGCCUACUUGUGAUUUCUGUAUUUGACUCAUUUUUUAGGUGAAGGUAACACCAAAUUUUUGCCCAUUCUCUAAUGUGGUAUGAGCAAUGUUGAUUUUGGUUUUAACAUGAUCUUCAUUAUUUGUGAAGAACAUCACGUUAAUUUUUGAGAAAACCCAACAACAAUGUGUGAGGACCCAGUAGCAAUCGAGUGCCAGACCAUAGCCGGUCAACCAUAUACGUCAACUGGUGAAGUUGUUACCUGCAGCCUCUCCAUUGGUCUCACGUGUAGGCUGUCUGAAAAUGGAAACUCCUGCACUGAUUACAGAGUUCGGUUCUUAUGUCCAGAUGACACAAUACUUUACAAUCAUCAUUGCUACAAGUUUGAAAGUACUGCUACAACAUGGAACGAUGCGAGGGAAUUGUGCGAGAGUUUCUCUUCACAGUUGAUUACGAUCAACACUGAAGAGGAGCUAGCUUACUUCACUGCUAUCGGACAUACUUAUGACCCUUUCCCAAAGAUAUGGACAGGGAUGAACGACAUUGCGGAGGAAGGGCAUCCAGUCUGGCUGACCCAUGAACAACCGACCUAUAACGAGUUUAAAGAUAAUGACGACCCAAAUAAUAUGGAUUGCUUUCGUAUCGGCAACGCUGGUAAAAAUCGUUACGACAGUUGUAAUGAAGAGUUUGGAUACGUUUGUGAAGCUUCAAGUAAUAUCUAUGAAAGAUAUUCAAUAGCUGCUAGGAAGAAAUCACCAGCAGCCGGACACGUAGUCAGCUGUAUGUUGGCAGUAAGUUCAGGGGCAUGCUCAAUGGAAUGCAGCAAACUGGAAUCGUGUGUUUCAUUUUCGUAUAAUAGUUCUACAAACGACUGUAUAUUGAGCAGUAGUUCAGGUCAAAGUGCAGAGCUGGAGGAUGUUGAAAAUGCUAACUUUUAUGUCGUGACAUCAACUGCAGAGAUAUGCAAAUCAUUUACAUAAUCACUAAAUGACCAAACAAUACACUAGUGUUGUUAGUAUUGUAUUAAUUUUUCUAGCCAAAAGCAGUCGAUCGUAUACAUUAAUUUCUUCCAAUUUUUAUUAUAAUUAAUAAUUUAGCUGCAUGUUCAAGCAUGGCCUACGUUCUGGGGAGGAUGUAGGUCAGGAGGGGAGGGGUGUACAGAUAGUGCGCUAUUAUGAAUCCUUUUGUACUGUAUGAUUGAUAUGAGCAUACUACUGGUAAGAAUUUUAAGAUGUGAGAGUACAAUUUUCAGGCACAUACCGGUCCACAUUCUCUAAAUGUUCGCAUCUUAGCCCCAACCCCGUUGGGGCUGAGGUGGCAUGGUAUGGACGCUCACGCACUCCCUAUCGCCAAUGCAGGCUAUCUAGUUAAGACCUAUAUACGCCAAUGGAACGAUGGAAAACUAGCUAAAAAUAUAUAUUUGUCAAAUUAAU